AUGGCAGAGAUAACCACCUCCGUAGUAUUCAUUCCACCAUCCGUGCGAGACAACUACAGCCACCUGUUGUCUGGAGAAUCCUAUGCACACUACAGCGCCAUUCCUAGCAGCAUCAGCAUCAACACAUCAUCAACACAGUCGUCAGAACCAGGUACACCGUGCGUUCUCGGCGUGGACGAAGCAGGACGUGGGCCCGUGAUAGGUCCCAUGAUUUAUGGAGUCUACUAUCUGCCAGUCGAGCAAGAGCACCCGUUACUUGCAACAACUCAUCACUUCGACGACUCCAAGGUCUUGACUCCCACAGUGAGAGCCACUUUGAUGGAAGCUGUGUGCACCGAUGGUUCCGAUCUCUUCGAGUGUUCUGGCUGGGCAGUCAAAUCACUCAGUGCCCGAGAUAUCGGGGCUGGAAUGCUGAAGAACGGUGGCUCUUACAACCUGAAUGCUCAGGCAAUGGAUGCAACGAUUGAACUCAUCAGGGGGGUUUUCGAGCGGGGUGUCAACGUAACGGAAAUCUAUGUCGAUACGAUUGGAAGUCCAAUCGUCUAUCAGAGGAAAUUGCAAUUGAUAUUUCCAACCGUCAAAGUCACUGUCGAGAAGAAGGCCGACAGUCUGUACCCCUGUGUCAGUGCCGCAAGUGUGGUGGCCAAGGUAACUCGUGAUGUUAGCUGCGAGAAACUCUUAGAGGCCUACGUCCAACUGGAGGGGCUAUCACCGGAAGACGAAAGGGUGGACUGGGGAUCUGGCUAUCCCUCUGAUGCUAGGUGUGUCAGCUGGCUCAAAACAGCCAUUGACCCUGUUUGGGGUUUUGGAAGUGAAUGCAGAUUCAGCUGGGGAACUGUCAAAGACAUGAUUGAACAGAAACAUGGGCCCACCACCAAGACGGAAUGGCCAGCGGACGGCGAUGACGAGAACAUGCGGUUGUCGCAUUAUUUCAACAGUGAUGGAUCAUCGGGGCCAAAGACCGAAGCUGAUGAAUUACGAAGUUGGUUCGGAUCAUCUAUCGGUCAGGAGGCAUUUUGA